GAACUGAUACAGCAGCCAGCAGCAGUGAAUCUUCUGAAUGGAAGUACACCGUGGGAAAAAGACUCGGUGUCGAAAAUUACGGAAAACCCGAAACGUGCGCAGAAGAAAAAUUAUAUUGAAGGAGUGCCAGAGGGUUUUUUCGAGGAUGAAAAACUGAACAGUAGGAUUGAUCAGUGGAAAAGAUUGCAUAAGCUGGAGCUUCGACGAGAUGAGUUGUACAGCGCUCCAGCUGUUUCAGUUGGAGCAGAGAAGCCACAAGCCGACGAUGAGAGGAGUAGUAGUGAUGAUGAUAUUGAUGUUGAUCUUUUUUCUGGAUGGAGGAGUAAAGCAAUCUGA